UUCCGCCGCUCUGCUCGGUGGCUCUUCGCGGCGCCGGCGGGCUUGGGAUGCUGCAGCUGGCGGUGGGUCGCGGCGCUUCGGCUCCCGCUAGACUCCUAUCUGGUUCCACGAUGCCUAAGAAAGCCGGCGCGACGAGCAAGGGUAAAAACCAAACCAAGGAACCAGAGACGCCACUUCCUCCUGCAGGGCCUGUGACAACCGAUCCUAAAGGCUGUGUCACCAUCGCCAUCCAUGCCAAACCCGGCUCUAAACAAAAUGCUGUGACAGAUCUGACCACUGAGGCUGUUGGCGUGGCGAUCGCAGCCCCUCCAUCCGAGGGCGAAGCAAAUGCGGAGCUCUGUCGGUAUCUGUCCAAGGUCUUGGAGCUCAGGAAGAGUGAUGUGGUUCUGGAUAAGGGUGGUAAAUCUCGGGAAAAGGUGGUGAAGCUCUUGGCCUCUACGACUCCAGAAGAGGUCUUGGAGAAACUGAAAAAGAAAGCUGAAAAAAAAUAAAGCUGGACAAGCCAAUCAGGACGACCGACCUCACCCUCUGCUGUCCACGGUGGUGCCUCUGAUCUGCAGACAUCAGGAGACCAGUUGAAGAUCACCACGUGCAAGACAACAGCAGGAACCUAGCUCCCUUGACUCCCAGCGGCACCUUGAGCCCCACAUUACCACAGUGUUUGUGGAUUCUGGGGGUUCCUAAUUCUGUUUACAAGUGAAAACCCUUUCAUGCUGCUUUAUAGUCUACCUUCUAUUUUAAGAUGUUUACUUAAAUGCCAAAAUGUUUUUUAUAUCUUUUAAAAAUUG